AUGGUUGCAAAUCGUCCAGUAACACCUAGAGAGGAAGAGGAGGCCUCAGGGAACGCUCAGAACCCAACAGCAGUUAAAGAAAAGGUGCGGACGUUGACACAAUUCUGCCAGCAAAAGGGCCUCGAUGUUAGUCAACAGGAUAUCUUCAGGUUCUGCAACGUUCCUCCACGUACUGGAUAUCGCUAUAUUGCAGCAUCUCAAGAGCCUCGAAGGCAUCAUAACUCGCCCUAUCAGACAGAGAAUCGUGGCAGAAGACCUCUCCUAAGUAAUGGCGACUUUGAAGCUAUCGAAGAUUGGAUACUACAGGGCGGAUUUUACCACCGCGUGUGCGCUGGGCUUGAGGUCCUCCAGGAGGUCUUUCCAGAUCGCGACCAGAUAUCUAAGCGAACUAUUCAGAGGGCCUUUCAAUCGCGAGGUUAUUACAAAUGCAUUGCCUGCCAGAAACCUUUUCUAACGGCUAAAUCGAUCAAAGAACGCCGCGAAUAUCUAGCCAUUCGAAGGCACUGGCCACGAAGCAGAUGGCGCCAUAUACGCUUUUCAGACGAAUGUCAUUUUGGUCGCGGCCCACAGCGUAAAUUACGCAUUAUUCGAAGGCCAGGGGAACGCUACCAUCGCGAUUGUAUACAGAAGACGCCUAACGAGAAAACCGCGAAGCACAAGAACGAGAAACGCUGGCAUAUCUGGGCCGCCGUUGGCUACAAUUUCAAGUCUAGAUUGAUCUUCUACGAGACCAGUUCGUCAAACGGCAAGAUGACUAGCGUUGUCUAUAUCGAUCAAGUACUUAACGAGGUAAAGCGAUGGAUCGAGAACGGCGAGGAUUUCAUCCUAGAGGAGGAUCAAGAUUCAGCUCACGGAGUAGGUGAGGAUUCUUCUGUACGGCGAUACAAGGAACAGAUCGGUCUUAACUACUUCUUCAACGCCUCAGGAUCGCCAGAUCUAUCGCCAAUAGAGAAUAUCUGGAGAGUUCAGAAACAGAAGAUUAAGCAGAUCGAUCAUUUCGACGACGAUAGCCUCGUUCAGGCUAUCAAUCAAGCGUGGGAGGACAUUCCACAGGAGACAAUUAACAGGUAUAUAGAUAGCAUGGUUGAUCGAAUGGCUAGCCUAGCGCUUAGGGGCGGCGAUGUCACGGGAUACUAG